AUGCAGAAGUCUGAGUCAUUAGGUUCACUUAAAUUACCAACAAAUUCAGAAGAUUUAAAAUUAACAUCAACAUUGAAUCCAGCACUUAAACCUUGUUCCUUUUCAAAAUUGACACGGCGAAUGGAUAUUAUUCCUACACCGAACAGACCAGAUAAAUUAUUAGCAUCUACUAAAACUCAAUCCUGUAGUAAUGAGGACAGCUCACUAAUGAAUACUGUUGUAGCUACCGAGCAGAAUGCUGCUUUAGAAGAUGAUCAUGUUUUGUGUGAUAAUCGACAAGGCACUUCAGAAAUACCGAAUUUAAUUCAUAAUGAAUCUUAUCAGAAAGAUCAUACAAGUGAUGAAGAACGAGAUGAUAAUUUAUUUGAUACAUUUAUUUGUGAGAGCUUUGUUCCUUUUUCAGGAGCAGAACCCAUCGAUCAAUGGUUAGAUGAGACUGACGCCUUAUUUCAUCGCUUC